GUAAUUUCGUACGCCAAUUACCCCCGGGCACUUUAUUGCAUUUCUUCUAAACCGUCUCCAAUGGAAAUAGGGAAGAUGGGAUUUUAUGGAGGAGCAUUUACGCCUUUCAUCCUUCAAUCCGCAAAUCGCUGCUCGCUUUUGGUCAUUUCUCAUCUCCAUCACCGACUCCCUCUUCUUUCACAACUACGAAGUGAUUCGUCAUACUCUGAUAAUUUCUUCUCUUGGUAACCUGCGUACACCUUUUUCACAUUUACUUAGACCUUCACCUUCCCGACUGUAAGCUUGCUUCCAUUGCUUUCCUUUCUUUCUUUCAUCGCCUUUCACUGCGACCCAGUUCCAUGGCGUCUACUUCUGCUUCAAAACUCAUGGAAAAGCCAUCCUACGAUGUAUUCAUCAAUCAUCGUGGACCAGACGUCAAAUCCACCUUAGCUACUGCUCUCUAUGGCAUGCUUACUGGAAUGGCACUCUCUGUAUUUUGGGAUGCACAAGAGUUGGAGCAUGGUGAUUUUUUGCCCCCAACAAUAGAAGCAGCAAUGAGAAGCGCUUUGCUUUAUAUCGCUAUUUUUUCCAAGAGCUAUGCAGAAUCACCCCGGUGUUUGGCAGAGCUAUCACUUAUGCUAGAAACUGGCACCAGAAUUAUUCCCAUUUUCUACGAUGUAGAUCCUAGUGAUCUAAGAUGGGUAGAGAAAGGGAAAGGCGUGUAUGACCAGGCCUUUAAGGAGCACGAGCAGAAAGGUGGAUACCCCGUGGAAGAACUUCUGAAGUGGAAGAAGGCACUCCACAUCGUCUCAUUUUACACUGGUGAAGUCAUAAAAAGUAAUGACGAUGAGUGGAGGCCGCUGAAGAAAAUUAGGGAUUGGGUUGUGCAAGAAAUAAACGUACCAUUAGAGGUUGCAAAUCAUCCUGUAGGUCUGGAAGAAGUAGUGAAGGACUUCGAGAUGAAUAUAUUCCGAUCUGAUCAGAGUGUACAAAUCAUAGGAAUUUGGGGUAUGGGUGGUUCUGGCAAGACCACCCUUGCCAAAGAGUUAUACAAUAGAAAAUCCUCUUUGAUUAAGAAACGCAGUUUUGUGUCUGAUAUUCGAGAGGCCUCAACCAAAGGUCUGUUGUAUAAGAAGCAAAAAGAAAUCCUCGAAAAUCUUCGUGUCCAAAAUGUACCAUUUGACAAUAUUGAGGAAGGUAUGAGAACUCUUGCUCGGCAUUUGAGAUCUGUUAGAGUGUUGAUUGUUCUCGAUGAUGUGGGUCAUGUGGACCAACUUAAUGCUUUGUUGCCUGCAAAAGACAAACUGGAAUGGGGUAGUCUCAUCCUUGUUACCACAAGGGAAUAUGAUGUUCUUAAAUCUUGGGGCAUCACUUCUAUAUAUAAAAUGAAAGCACUUGAUCCAUACUAUGCCAAACAACUUUUUUGUUGGCAUGCUUUUAUACAAGCCUCUCCUCAGGAAGGAUUUAAGGAGCUUGUUGAAAUUUUUUCAGAAGCUUGUCACGGAUUGCCUCUAUCUCUCAAGGUAAUUGGAGCACAACUCUAUGGAAAGUCAGAUAAAGAAGAUUGGAAGUCUUUGUUGCAUCAGAUCAUGGGGAUAUUGCCUUUUGAUAUUCAAAAGAUACUCAAAAUAAGUUAUGAUAGUCUGGAUGAUGAAGAAAAAGAGAUGUUCCUUGAUGCUGCAUGUUUCUUCAUUGGAGAAGAUUGUAGUUUGGCAAUUGAAAUAUGGAAUGGAUUGAGGUGGAGUGGUCUACUAAAUUGGGAAAAGCUGCUGCAUAGGUGUUUGGUUGAGCUUGAUGAUGACAAUUGCAUAAGAAUGCAUGACCAUAUAAGGGAUAUGGGAAAGGACAUCUCAAAUAAACAAUCACCCUAUCGGCUUUGCUUUCCCCAACAAUGUAUUAAUAUUCAGAGAGAAGAUGAGAAAAGAAUUGGCAUUCAAGGAAUAAUGGCGACCUCAAAUCGAAUAGAGUGGAUUAAUGAUGGGAAAGAGAAAUUACCAGAAAUGGCCGAAGUAAAUGAUGAGUCUGGUAAGGUCGAUGAGGCUCGCGUUCGCUGCUCGCACGGGGAACUCAUGGUUAACACAAACGAGGGAAUUUGGUCGCUCUCACCUUCUUUAGUUGGACUAAAAUUUUUAGUGAUUAGUGGAGAUUCUUUUAACGACGUACUGGGUGAAGUAUCGAGAAAGCUAGUCUGGCUACGCUGGUUCCAAAUUGGGCAGCGAAAUCUUUCUCCGGGGCUAUCAUUGAAAAAUUUGAGGGUCUUAGAAAUCUAUGAGAAAGGGGAACAUCACUUAGAAGAGCUGUGGGGGGAGACUGACGGUGACGCCCCUCUGCAUUUAAGGGAGUUGCUUAUUUCUAAUUGCCGCAAAUUUCAAGGUUUUCCAAAAUCAAUAAGACAUUUCAAUCAUUUGAAAAAGAUAGUAAUUGUUGGGGGCUACAGUGUUACGAGUCUGCCAGAUGAAUUCUGCCUUCUCCGAUCCCUGGAACACCUGGUGUUAGAAGAAUGUGCAAGGCUAUCAUCACUACCCAGCAAUUUCGGCAAUUUGAGCAAUCUGCGGCAUCUAGAUUUGUCUUCUUGCUCUGAGUUGAGAAGCUUGCCGGUUUCAUUUAAAAACUUAAAGCUUCUGAAAGUUCUCAAUUUAGUGGGUUGUUCUCAACUGAGGUCGGAGGACUUGAGCUUUCUGGAAAUCAUAACAAAGCUUGAGUACGUGAACCUCUCUGAGUGCCAGCAAUUGGAAGAGUUGCCUCGUCACAUCACAAAUCAGGCGUCCUUGAGAGAGCUCCAUUUCAUGGGCUCUAGUCUGAGGGAGCUACCAGAUGAUAUCGGUCGACUCAGUAUGUUGAGAAAUAUGUUGAUAAUAGAAAGCCCGUUUACAAGAUUGCCGACCUCUUUUGGAGGUUUGUCUUCUUUGACGAAACUUUUUAUUGAAAGUUGUCCUAUUCUGAAAUGUCUACCUGAUUCUCUUGGAAAUUUGUCUUCUUUGAAAAGACUUGAAAUUAGUCAUUGUCCUGUGCUGGAAUGUCUACCUCAGUCUCUUGGAAAUUUGUGUUCUUUGACAAACCUUACAAUUAGUCGUUGUCCUGAGCUGGAAUGUCUACCUGAGUCUCUUGGAAAUUUGUCUUCUUUGAAGGAUCUUGAAAUUAGUGAUUGCCUUAAGCUGGAGUGUUUACCCAACUCUCUUGAAAAUUUGUCUUCAUUGAUUAAUUUUGACAUUAGGGAUUGUUCUAAGCUGAAACGUCUACCUGACUCUCUUGGUGAUUUGUCUUCCUUGACGAAUCUUGAAAUUGAAUUUUGUCCUGACCUGGAAGUUUCACCAAAAUCAUUUAGGCAACUGAAUAAUCUUGAAACACUGCACUUAUACGGCUGUCUAAUCGGUGAAGUGUAUUUUGGGUCGGCAUCAUUACCUUCUGCAUUGAACAGCCUGAAGCGGAUAUAUUUAGGAGAAACAGAAGUGUGCAGGAUUUCAUUUUCGAAAGACUGUUGUCCCCACUUGGAGAGUCUCUGUGUUCUUAAUAAUUAUCCUUUAGUAGAGAUUGACGCCCUGCCAAAAACCCUCGAGUCAAUAUAUUUGGAAAACUGUUCAAUGCUGGAACACAUUCCAAGUUUUGCACAAUUAACUUCUCUCAGAGAAUUUCAGAUAACAGGUUGCCAAAAAAUUGAGAAAAUCGAAGGUUUAGAAAAUUGCUCAAGAUUGGAAAGGUUGGCUGUUAGGUUCUGCUGCGAGGUGCUGGAUGUAGAAAGCUUAGAACACAUGCAGAAUUUGAAGCAGGUGGAACUCAGUGCAAGCAAGGGAUCAGUUAUUGAACGUUUUAUUCAAAAGAUAAAGAAAUGGCCAGAUGAUUUAAAAAUACUAGGUAGAGCAGUCCCUGAUGCGGCCUCACGUGUAGAACCCUUACUCUCUCCGAAGCUGGGUUCGAAUCUCCAGAUCGUUGACUCCAUCUCCAACCAGAACAUUCAGUCCAUUUCAAAAUUGGUGCAAAAGCGUUCUUCCAUUGGCGAUGCCUUUAUGCUGUAUUUUGUGAUAAAUUGUCAUUCUUCAAUAAGCGGACAGUUGACAUGGAAAAAAGACGGUGGAUUGCUUGGAGCUCCUCUAAACUUUGCAAAAGGUAGGUGGGCAUGGGUAGGUGUCUUCACUCAACGUUCCCAGUACAAAUGGCACACUGCAGAGUUCUCAGCGGACUGCGAAGAUGAGGACGGAGGAGAGUCCGAAGAAGAGGACGCCGAAGAAGGAAACACCGAAGGGUCCGAAGAAGAGGACGCCGAAGAAGGAAACACCGAAGGGUCCGAAGAAGAGGAUGGAGGAGAGUACGAAGAAGUGGAGAAAGGUUUGGUUGUGAGGAGGGGAGAACAAGCGCUAGUGGAGAAAGCUUUAUUUGUGACAGGGGAAGUACAAACAGUAAUGGAGGCAGUUUGCAGCCUACUGCCGCUUUUCCAAAGUUAAUAAAGUUGUCAAAUUAAAGCAAAAUAUACAAGGAAUGUUACUGAGAGGGAGAAACAUCUUUAUGGAUAGGGGAUAGGAUUCAUACUUGGACAUGUUUUAAUAGUUGUGAUAAUAUUUUUUAUUUAAUGUAUAUUUUUAAUAAUAUAAUAUUAAUAGUUGUGAGAUUUAAUAAAGUUGUUAGUGUUGGUCUGAGUAUUCAUAAUUCAAUGAAACGAAUUAUUUAGAUCUAAAAGUGUCAAAUCAUGUGAUGCCACAUUGAGAAUAAAUAAAAUGUGUAACUGAUAUAACUCAAUGCAUAUUUGAUGAUUUGGGCCUAAAAUC